AUGGCUACUGUACUCGAAUCUUUCACUGUUCCUCCUCGCUUUUCUACCACCUUCUCUAAACCUACUACAACUGUCGCUGCUUUUUCUUCGCCUAUUAAUCGGAGAUCGCUUCGCUUGCCACAUGUCAAAGGCCUUAAGGUUACCUCUAAUUCGUCGACUAUAAAUCGAUCUCUUGGAUGGGCGAGUCAGAGUAGUUCUAGACUCGCUCGUGGUGGAAGGAUCGUUUGUGAAGCGCAGGAGACUGCUGUCGAAGGAAUUGAAGUCAUUGUUCAAGUGCCUGCUGUUACUGACGCAACAUGGAAAUCGCUUGUGCUUGAAUCGGAAUCCCCUGUUCUGGUUGAAUUCUGGGCUCCAUGGUGUGGUCCCUGUCGGAUGAUUCACCCAGUAAUCGAUGAACUGGCAAAGCAAUAUGCUGGAAAGCUUAAAUGUUACAAAGUUAACACUGAUGAUUGUUCUUCAAUUGCGACACAAUAUGGGAUUCGAAGCAUUCCGACUGUUAUCAUCUUUAAGAAUGGUGAGAAGAAAGAGGCGAUUAUCGGUGCCGUUCCCAAAACUACUUUAACCACCAGCAUUGAGAAAUUCUUAUAA